UUUUCCUUCUACUUGCGCCAAAAUAUCUUUGUGGCUUGAUCUAAUCACACUCUCUGUCUCAUCCCCCACUCGCUCGCCUCAGUUUCUUUCCUUCCUUUGAUCUGCUGCCACCACUGAUUCUGCCUUCGGUGGUCGCCCAGCCCUUCCCACUGCCGCAUCCCCACCUCACUCUUCUUCUCCGAUUCUCUGUUUUUCCCUUCUACCCGUUCCCUCCCUCCAAAAGACUAUCGACCUCUCAAAAUACCCAACUAGCUACAAUACCUUACUUUAAUAUAUAAUAAUAAUAUUAUUACUAAAAUAAUUGAAAAGCUUGGUAUAGAGCAGCAGUAAUGCAAUGCUAAAGUUAGUUAUGGCUUGUAACUGGGAUGGACGAUUAUUCUAUUGAGCCACUCCAAUGACAACUAACAAACUGCUCUAUGUCUCUUUGUAACGGGGAGUUGGAAGUGCGGACGCUUGUUUUUACCGCCAAAGCUUAUGUCAAUCUCCGUUCUCUCCGGCGCCGAAACUCCACUCUUAGAGCAAGACAUCGUAGACGGCUGCGUUGGUUGCACUGGCCGCCCUGUCUCCAGGGCCAAGUCCGGCGGCUGGAGGUCCGCGUCUUUUAUCAUUGGCGUCGAAGUUGCUGAGAGGUUUGCGUAUUUCGGAAUCGAGUCCAACCUCAUCAGUUACUUAACGGGACCUCUGGGCCAGUCCACCGCCGCUGCAGCAGAGCAAGUCAACGCUUGGUCUGGAACGGCAAUGCUUUUGCCACUCUUGGGGGGAUUCGUUGCUGAUUCUUUCCUCGGCCGGUACCGCACCAUUAUUGUCGCUUCUCUGCUUUACGUAUUGGGGCUAAGCUUGUUGACUUUCACAGCCACUCUUCCUUCUGUCAAUCCUUCUGGCUGCCAAAAUACUGAUAACUUUGCAUUAUGCUCCUCUCAGUUUCAAGUGAUACUAUUCUUCUUCGCACUCUUUCUGGUAGCACUCGGACAAGGUGGACAAAUUCCAUGUGUUCAAGCUUUUGGUGCAGAUCAAUUUGAUACUCAAGACCCAGAGGAGUGCAAAGCCAAGAGUUCAUUCUUUAAUUGGUGGUUUUUUUGUUUGUGUACUGCCAUGUUUAUAACACGUUGGGUUUUAAACUACAUCCAAGACAAUCUUAGUUGGGUUCUUGGAUUUGGGAUUCCCUGUGUUAUAAUGGUUGUUGCACUGGUUGUUUUCUUGUGUGGGACAACGGCUUAUCGUUUUAGUGUCAAAGGUGACAAGAAAAAUCCGUUUGUGAGAAUUGGUGAGGUGUUCAUUUUAGCAGCUAGGAAUUGGAAUAAAGCAUCUUCGGCAAUAGCUGCAGAAGAAGAAGUGCACGGAAAUCUGCCAACUGAAAGUUCCAAGCAAUUCAAGUUCCUCAACAAAGCCUUGCUUUCUCCAGAUGGUUUGAAGGAACAUGGACAGACAUGUAGCAUCAGAGAGGUUGAAGAAGCAAAGGCUGUUCUGAGGCUUGUUCCUAUAUGGUUUGCAAGCUUGGUUUAUGCUGUUGUCUUUGCACAAUCCUCGACUUUCUUUGUCAAGCAAGGAGCUACUAUGAACAGAUCAAUAACAGCAGAGUUUAAAAUAUCAUCUGCUUCGCUGCUAUCAUUUGCUAGCCUUGCAAGUAUUCUCUUCAUUCCUAUAUAUGACCGCAUCUUUGUUCCUUUGACAAGAGGCUUUACUAGGAAACCGGCUGGAAUUACAAUGCUUCAGAGAAUUGGAAUCGGGAUGCUUUUAUCUGCUAUAUCUAUUGUAAUUGCUGCCUUAGUUGAGAUGCAGAGGCUUAAGACUGCUCAAAAACACGGUUUGGUAGACAGGCCAGAUGCCAUGGUUCCUAUGAGUGUGUGGUGGCUGGUUCCUUCUUAUGUUCUGUUUGGAUUGUCUGACGUGUUCACCAUGGUCGGUCUUCAAGAAUUUUUUUAUGAUCAGGUCCCAAACGAAUUAAGGAGUGUUGGACUUUCACUCUACCUUAGCAUCUUUGGGGUUGGAAGCUUCUUGAGUAGCUUUCUCAUCUCAGCCAUUGAGAAUGCAACUGGUGGGAAUGGUCAAGAUAGCUGGUUUGCAGAUAAUCUAAAUCGGGCACAUCUUGAUUACUUUUAUUGGCUACUUGCUGCACUCAGUGCCAUCCAAUUGGCUCUCUACUUGUAUUUUACAAAAUCUUAUAUUUAUAACAAGGGACAAAGAUAAAUCUUCAUUAUUGCAUUUAUCUACUUGUAAUUUAUCAAGUCCUUUAUUAACAUCAAUAACUACAUCCUAAGUCAUUUCUAUGAUGACAAACUCCUGUAUUUUGUAUCCUCACAACAACUUCACUACUUGUUUAGUGUACUUUAUUAAGUGAAAGAGAAAAGAUCUUGCAUCCAUCAAAGCUGCUUCCUUAUGUACCGUUUGCUGCAAACUAAAUUCCCAUCUGCAUGAUAGUUUCUUAGUUUUGAAAAUUGUUGAUAUCAUGUAGAAUAAGAUAUUGGUGGAGCUAUCCAAAGGUUGGGCUGCUUAUAAUUCCAGCUCACUUGAACUAGGAAUUGGAGAACAUCAUUUUCAGCAAUAGCUAUGGAAGAAGAAGCUCAUGGGACUCUGCCAUCAGAAAGCUCCAAGCUAGUCAAAACAUCUCUAGAAAGGUUUGCAGCAUCAGAGAGGUUGAAGAAGCAAAGGCUGUUUUAAGGCUAGUUUCAGUGUGGGCUACAAGCUUGGUUUAUGCUGUUGUCCUUGCACAAUCCUCGACUUCCUUCACCAAACAAGGAGCUACCAUGGACAGAUCAA